AUGGCAGCUUCGGGGGCUGGUGACCCUCUGGAUGCUAAGCGUGGAGAGGCCCCGUUCGCUCAGCGUAUCGACCCGACUGGGGAGAAGCUGACACCUGAGCAACUGUAUUCCAUGCGGCCGGCGCAGCUUGCCCAGUGGCAGAAGGUCCUACCGCGGCGGCGGACCCGGAACAUCGUGACCGGCCUAGGCAUCGGGGCCCUGGUGUUAGCUCUUUAUGGUUACACCUUCUACUCCAUUUCCCAGGAGCGUUUCCUAGAUGAGCUAGAAGACGAGGCCAAAGCUGCCCGAGCCCGAGCACUGGCAAGGGCAUCAGGAUCCUAA